AUGGAUUCCGCUGACGACAUCAAUAUUGCGGCACGGAUAGACCAGUCCGAUGAGGAGAGCCUGAAUAGCCACCCAUCUAAGUCGUCCACUGCUCAAGGUGAUGCAUCAAGCAAGUCCGAGUACACCAGCGCAUCGAGUCCGGAAGCUUACCCGGAAGAGCAACGAGACGUCGAACGAUGGUCAACUCAGAUCAUAGACGCCCUGGCCGCUUGCGACUUCGACAACCCGAUCAUGCAGCGCCUUGUCCCGGAAUUCAAGUCCGACCGCGAGACCGUCGAAGGCGUGGAGUAUCAGCCCAAGUCGAAAGCCGAAUACUUUGCAAAGCAUCGGAACUGGGCUAAGAACGUUCCGACUCGCACAAUGACCGUGCUUCAUGUCGUUUCUGACUAUCAUGAGGAUAAGGGGAGAGCUGAGGUCUGGGUGUGGCUUAACAUCACCGGUUGGGGCUCUGCCCGGAUGUGUGCUGAGAGUGUCAGCUGUUUCAAGUGGCAGCGCAGUCAAGGCAUAUGGUGGUGUCACCAACAUACGGGGUUGAGAGGCACACCUCCUAUUCAGGCAUCUUACUAG